AUGUCAGAGAUACAGACCCUGACAUCAUCUUGUCAUUGGCGGCAUGUUUCGUCUCAAGACAAUCCCGCCGAUCUUAUGUCGCGUGGUCAGCUUCCAUCAGAAUUUGUUGAAGCUUUCAUUUGGUUUGAUGGACCCUUAUGGUUAGCCAAGGAUAUUUCUUUACGGCCCAAAGGAGUUCUGACUCCAAUAGUUAUUUCCAAAUUGAAACCUAUAACUCCAAACACAUUUUGUAUGAAAAUUGAAAUCAAAGAAUUCAAUCUCCUCGAAAAAUACAGUUCUUUCAAUAAACUUCAGCGAAUUAUCGCAUAUAUAUUGCGUUUCAUUUGCAAUUGCAAAUUAUCCAAAACCAAGCGUGCGUUUGGCCCUCUACAGGCUACUGAGUUAAAGCGCUCGCAUUAUUUGAUAAUUCGGAUAGUUCAGUUAUCAGCAUUCAAAACAGAGAUUGAGCUAAUUAAAAAUGGAGAACCACUUCCUCACAGUAGUAAAUUGAUUCCGUUAAAUCCAAUCUUGGAUGAAUUCGGAAUCUUGCGCGUAGGAGGUAGACAUGCCUGUGCUUCUAUUGCUGAAGACCAACGUCAUCCAAUUUUGCUACCUGCUCAGCACUUCUUGACUAGGAUAAUUAUCCUAUCUGAGCACCUCAGGCUUAAGCAUGCUGGUCCACAAGCUACAUUGUACUCGGUUCGUCAGGUAUACUGGCCCAUUAACGGUCGCAACAUUACGCGUAAUCUUAUUAGCAAGUGUAUACCUUGCUUUCGUGCCAAGCCGCGCCUUGCUGAUCACCAAAUGGGAAUUCUUCCAAAACAGCGUGUGACAUCUUCGCGCCCAUUUUUGCGCGUUGGAGUUGAUUACUGUGGCCUUUUUUAUAUAAAAGAAAAACGUCAUCGUAAUCGCGCUCAGCUCGUCAGCGACCUUACCGCUGAAGCCUUCCUGGCUAGUUUGAAACGCCUCUUUUCAAGAAGGGGAAAAGCAGUUGAAAUCCAUUCCGAUAAUGGUACAAAUUUUGUUGGUGCUAAAAAUGAGCUUAAUGAGUUAUACGAAUUAUUUAACUCUAAAUCACACCAAGCAGCGAUAGCUAAUUUUUGUAAUGAGGAGAGGAUUGAAUGGUAUUUUAUCCCACCCAGGUCUCCUCACUUUGGAGGGAUUUGGGAGGCCGCAGUUAAAACCUUUAAACAUCAUUUGGUUCGGACAGUGGGUGACACGUUACUCACUUUCGAACAAUUAGAAACAUGCAUAAUUGAAAUAGAGGCAAUAUUAAACUCCCGACCUAUUUCUCCGAUGUCCUCUGAUCCUCACGACCUACUACCCUUAACUCCUGCCCAUUUCCUUAUAGGCAGCCCAUUGACGUCAUUUCCACAGGUAGACUUCACAGAUACACAAGUGAAUCGGUUGUCAGCAUGGCAACAUGCUCAACAGCUCAAACAGCAUUUCUGGAAGCGUUGGCACAAGGAGUACCUGCAUCAGCUGAUAAAAUUUUCUGGAACUCAACGGCAAUCAACGUCUCUCAAGAUUGGCGACUUAGUGCUUAUCUCAGACGAGAAUUUACCUCCUCUCAAAUGGGCAGCAGGAAGAAUCAUUGCAGUUCAUCCCGGAAAGGACAACGUAGUUAGAGUUGUAACCCUUAAAACCAAAACUGGUCAAUACGAUCGCUGCGUGAAAAAACUCUGCUUGCUCCCAAUAGACGAAGGGAACGACUUCACUUAA